UCAUUUUGUUUUUCUUUCCGAAAAGAGUUGUUUUUUUACGGAAAUUAUCAAACAAACUGAACGAGCCAUGAGCCAUUAGCAUUGAACGCAACGUGAGAGACGUUAUGGAAACGCUGCCAUGUACAAAUGAAGUGCAGCUAAAUGAGGCGGAGGCGCAACAACUAGUGAAUCUCAGCCACAUGGAGGCCAGCAUCAGUAUGGGCGAUAAUGUCGUGACCAUAUCGAAGGAGCUAAUAUUGAUAUCGUUAGUGUCGCAGGAGCAGUUGCUCUACAAUCCAAAGCAUCAGCAUUAUCGCAGCACGCAGCGCAAGGACGAGAAGUGGAAUGAAAUAGGCUGUCAUGUAGGCUGGACAGACGCACAAUGCAAGGCCAAAUGGAAGGCCAUGCGAGACCAAUACUGUCGCGAAUUAAAACGCGCCAAAGCAAGUGCGAAAGUGAACGUGAAAUGGAAAUACUUUAAGGAACUGGACUUUCUACGACCGUUUGCGCUGGCACGCAACUAUCGUACGCAUGCCUCUAACGACAAUGUAGUCUGCACUGCCUCGUCAACGCUGCCCAGUGUGUCUACGGCACUUGGUAACAACAACAGCCAUUCAUUUAGCAGUAAUAGCAGCAGCCAGACGCUGACGCUUGGGGGAGACACCCACAAAUUUGCCAACAUCAAAAUGGAAGGAGCGAGCGCUGCGCUUUUGGAAGAUUGCAAUUUUGUGCCAUCCACAACAGUUGUCGCAACCAGUGCACCAGUUACGACUGCGACUGUGGCCGACAAGAAAACGGAGUCUACACGCUUAAUGCAUGCAUUAAUUGCGGGACAAAUUAGCAACGCCAUGCAACAGCAGCAGACACAAGGACAACAGAACAACAAUUGGGACUAUCUUAGUGAGGCCAGCACCAAUGGCGUGGUUGCGGCCACAGCGGCGCGUGACACACCCAACACAACGGCCGAAGAUACCUUGUACAAUGACUUCGUGGAUUGCGUGAACGCUGCUGCCACUAAUCACUCGUCGCAUAACCAGCCCACAGUCGAUGAGGAAGAUGAGGAUCCUAUCCACACAUUCCUCAACAUGGAAAGCUACUUCGAGAAAGAACUGAUCACGCUGAUACAACAAGAAGACAUGAUUUACAACUACAGUAACCAAAAUUAUCGCAACGUCAAGCUGAAGCUUGCUGUGUGGGAUGAGAUAGCACGCAAGCUAAAGAAGCCGGUCAAACAAUGCCGUCAAAAGUGGAAGGCCCUGCGCGAUCAGUAUGCUCGUGAGCACAAGCGCUUAAAGACACUUACGAAUGUAGACACUCAUUCACGCUGGAAGCAUUAUGACUCUCUCAACUUUUUGCAAAAGUUCAUACAACAAAAGUCUCUCGAUAGUGAAGCGCAGCUUAACCUGCUUCUGCCAAAGCAUGAGCCGGCCAGUGACAUGGAGGAACACAUGGCUUCCCACUCUCCUCUACGCACUGAGGCCCAGCAAACGCUGGCUGAAUCGCCUGUGCCUGCACAGCUAAACAUAUCCUCACUGCCGCAGCUGUCGGGCCCACACAGCAAGGUGGAUCUGGGCAAUGCCCUGGAGCAGCACGACCAAGCGAACGAGUUAUGUGUUACCAGCUAUGAUGAAAUGGACAUAGAGAACUAUAUUAACGGCGAUGUGGCGCAUAACGAAGAUGAAGAUGAAGAGGAUGAAGACAUGGAACCCGUCACAUCUGCAGAUCAGCAACAGCAGCAACAACAGCAUGUAGUAAGCUACCAAGAAACGGAAGAUGAACAUGUUUAUAUUUCUGUACAAGAUGUAAGCAACACACUGGGAAAGGCUGUGAAUUCUCAGACGCCGGAGCCACUCAAUGAUGGCAGCAAUUUGGAACAGCAGCAGCAGCAUCAACAGCGGGAAUCUGCUGCCGUCGCUGCCGCCGACUUCCAACAAAAACAGGAGGUUCACACACCAACAUCUACAAGCUCGCGCUAUCAAAAUGCUGCAACGCCCACAAACAGUCAUGCAGCCUUCCCACUUGGCUGUAUCAACAGCAGCAUGAACGAUGAUGAUGAAAUUGGCGCAUUCUUUAAAGCGGUGGCCAUGAAAAUACGCAGUGCACAACUUGACCCAGUAGCUUUUACUGAUCUUCAAAUAAAUAUACUGCGCGCCAUCAACGAGGCACUGCGCCAUCACUAGAGGGGCAAGUGCACCCACAAGCGGUUUCAAGGAACGCAUAUUUAGCUUUUAAGUGUUACCUAGAAAGUGUUUUUUGACUUAUUAGUUGAGCUUAGCCCUGGUAUAUUUUAAUUAUGUGAUUUUUUAAAACAAACAUACAAACAAACCAACUUUAUGGUACGUACAAGCAAGAAACAGUAAUAUGGGACGACAUUUGAGUGUACAUAGGCAGGCAGAACUCUAGCUUAGUUGCUUCCAUAAACGAAAUGGAACUAAAACCUGUUAUAUUUAAUACCAAAUAACAACUAGCAGCAAAAUAUAUUUUCAAAAUCAAUCUGCCAAAA